AUGUCGACCUUCAAUGGAUUAGUAGCCGAAUUUCCGGACAUCAGGGUCGACUUCUUUCGCUCCCACCCAGAUCUCCGCCCUCCACUCGCCUGCUUUCUUAGCCAUAUCCACAGCGACCACCUCGCUGGUCUGGAGACUUUACGGUCACCAUUUGUUUAUUGUUCCGCGGCCACUAAAGAGAUGCUCCUUCGGCUUGAACGAUUUCCAUGUCGCAUCAACUACGCCAAGGGCAUCUUAGAGGCCCGAGUCCAAACAUACCGUCACCUCAAGACCCUAUUGAAACACCCACUGUGUUGGAGCUCGAGCCAGGCAACCGCAUUCAAGUUACCUUGUUCAAUGCGAACCACUGCCCCGGCGCUGUUAUGUUUCGUACGUCUGCCAGAAUGCUCCGCCAUCUUAUUCAUAAUACUGACAGUCGUAGUGUUCGAAGGUGGAGGCAAGGCAGCGCUUUACACCGGUGAUAUCAGAAGCGAGCCGUGGUUCGUGAGUGCCAUAGCAAGAUCACCACCGCUAAUUGAGUAUUCUUGUGGGCUCAAGACAUUGGAUACAAUUUAUAUUGAUACGUCUUUUGUCGAUGACGUCGACUUUCCUCCAAAGUCUGAGGGCAUUCGCGAACUGCUGGAGAAGGUGUCAAAGUACCCUAAAGACACCAUCUUCCACUUUCAAGCCUGGACAUACGGCACAGUUACGAAGACGUCUGGAUCGUAUUGUCCAAAGCCCUUAAAACCAAGGUACGAGCUUCUCAUUGUCAGCAAAAGGCUCUGGCUGAUGCUGGGACAGAUUCAUGUGGAUGACUACAAGAUGUCAAUUUAUCAAUCUCUCGUGGCCAAGGAUACCGACAACAGAUUCGGGACACAGUUUCACCUCUCUCAUGAAGCCCCUGCCCUUGUCGGAUUCAUGUGUGGAAAUACCUACCACUCAGGUUGUCUCACACUCGAUCAGAACGUCCGACUGCAUAGCUGCGAGAAGGGAAAUUACUGCCCAACUGUGCAGAAAGACCUCUCUUCUGUGGUCUGGAUCCAGCCCAUCGUUACGCGUCUCCCCAAUGGACAAGAUAUUGCAGAGCUCGGUGUCGGUGGCGGCGGAGAGGACCUGGAGAGGGAGGCAGAACUAGAUUACCUAUUUCUGGAAGAUAUAGGAUCUCUUCUGGAAAUACUUUGUGAUACAGAGGAGGUGUCGAAUUCGAUGCAAGAGCAAAUACGUCAUUUUCUCCUGGGUGCCGUUGCGAGUGGGCGAAAAGUACCUCUUGAUCUUGAACGGUCAGCUCUCGAGGACAAGGACGAAAUUAAACUUGCCGAUGGGCUUCAUGCGAUCACGAAGAAACUGAAGCCACAAAACAAACAGCAUUCACUGAAUGAAUCGAAUGCAGUGGCGCUUCCAAGAACCAUAACAUUCCCAUACUCUCGCCACUCAUCAUUCCCUGAGCUCUGCGAACUGACAGAUGCCUUCAAGCCCAGAGAUAUUUGGCCUUGUACUGUCGAUUUACGGCGGUGGAUCGAGGAAGACAUUACCAUCGAGGGUCUCUUUGGGGCACAGUGUUCUGACAGUGUGUUUCGACACGACAAGGUUAUCCUCAGAAAACGUGCGAAGCUAGGAUGUGCCGAUCAAGAUAUGCUGGAUACACAGGCCACGACCGCUUCCACGGAAAGUUCGCAACGACAUAUACUGGAAGUGCCUGCUGGAGAAACAGAAUUGUCAGCAGUUCAUCAACAGCUUCCAGUUAUGGAUGCCAACGGACAUUCAGCUUCAGCGCUUGAUACCCCCCAACCCUCUCCUUCUGGAUCAAACUCGGACGAUGAUGUUGUAAUGGACGACGAUAUCAUAAUCAGGGAACAUGCGAGCUUCGAGGAUUUCGAUGGAAUAUACCCCCACAGCUCCCAACAGUCAAUAACAUCUGAAAAUGCACUCGAAGCUCGUAUCAAUGCCUUCCAGGCGAUGCUGAAUAACGCCCGAAAACCCGGGGGCAAGAGGAUCGAACUGAUAUCAACGACAGACCAUCAUACAGUCUUGGACGAGGAACUUGGAUUUGAUCAAACAUGA